UUUCCUUUCUCUCAUGGUAGUCCAAGUGGAUAACAUAACAUAUAUAAACGAGAGGCCACAAACCAACCUCUAACCCAACAAUGGUGGUGUUGAAGUCCACUUCACCACUCUCAUCUCUCACCACAGCUCACACCUUCUUCAGCCUCUCCUCCUCCUCCAAACUCUCCUCUCCGCAUUCCCUCCGCCGCCGCCACCAUGUCCACCCCGCCGCCACCAGAGUCGCGCGCUUCGCCGUCGGAGCCUACAUGGAGAGCCCCAACUCCUUCGCCACCUUCGCCAACAGGGUCAUCGGCGCGCUCCCCGUCGUCGGCCUCCUCGCCAGGAUCCUCAGCGACGAAGGCGGCGUCGGCGACGACCUCGUCGACUUCGCCGAGUUCCGGAGGCGCGUCGGCAAGAAGUGCUCCGACGCUGACUCCACCGCGUUUUAUCAGUUCCAGGAACGACGAGGACGGGCAGGGGAUCCUCUCUAUGUUCUGUUAUGCUGUUGGCUAGCAGCUAUUGGUGCAGGUCUUCUCAAAACUGAGGAUAUUCUGGAAGGUGUGGCUAGGCUCCGGAUCUCAAAUGACAUUGAAUUUGAGGAGCAAAAUUUCAUGGCUUUGAUGAGCGAGGCAAAGGAGAGACGGGCAAAGCUAAAGGCUGAACCUCCUGCUAUACCUAUGGAGAUUCGAGCUGGCAAGGCACUUGAUGCUAUCUAUGUAUGUUGCUUUGGAAAGGACUCUUUUGAGGAAGAAGACCAGCUACUGCUGACUGCAAUGCUUAGUGCUGUUUUCCCAUCGGUUCAGCGAGAAGAGGUCCAGCGCCUUGUCAAAGACAAGGCAGAGAGAGUAGCAGCAGGAGUUGAUGAGGAUUAUGUUUCAGAUCUCAAGCCUCUGCCAAAGGACGCUGUGGAACUACAAAUGAAAGACCUUCAGUUCCUUCAACAAAAUAGUGAGACUUAACUAGGUGAAGUCUGUGAUUUCCACUGCAUAAUGGCGUUGAAUGAAAGUAUAUUUUAGAAACUAAGCUGCUUUAGCCUUUUGGCUACUCAGUACUCACAGAGAAAAAAGACGGUCAUCCUGGAUCUUAUUCUAUUAUUCUUUGGAUCCAUUUUGAAAUGUGGGGUUAUGACUUUUUUGAAAGUGCAGAAAUUUCAUGUAAUUACUGUUAGCAAUAUAAAUGGUAAAGAUAGUAAUCAUAUCUCAA